AUGUCUGCCGCAAACGGUUCCGCCAUGCAGGUCGAUAGCUCAGAAGGAAAGGGUAAAGGCAAGGCCGUCGAGCCAACUACCCAAGAAGUAAACAUGGAAGAGGAUGACAGCUCAAGCGACGAGGACGUCGAAGCUGCGCCAGUUGGUAAGGACUGA